CAACUAUUUCUCCAGCUAAAAUUCUUGUGUGUCCGGAGUCUGCCUACAGUCUUUGAUACCGCGGAGUUAACUAUCUUUUUUUGUAACAUUUCUGAGACAUUACUCCGUCCAACAAUACAAAAGUGAUGCUUCAACGUCAUUGGCCGCAUUCAGAGGCAGAGGAGGACCAGCGGUGACAACUUUAUAUCCAAAUUCACUCUCUUCCCAGGAGUAUAUUUCUCUCUUUUUUUCUUUUUCGUUCGGCUUAAAGAAGAAGACGCUGUGUUUUGUCCUCCAGUUAUGUCGGGCCGCUUUUAACAACACUACGUUUUCUGUCUCCAUGCGGGAGAGGAAUAUUUCGGAGUGAUUUGUGCUACUUUUGUUUCAAGAAGGAGUUGUGAGUUGUCGUGUUUUAGUACAGGAAUGACUACUUUUUAGCCCUUCCUCCAUGUAAAUCUCGCUGUCGUCCAGCUCUUCGCCCAGCGGACUCUGCGCCUGCUACUGGAUACACGAGCACUUCUGCGCAGUCAUUUGGUGUAAAUGGAUCGCCAGUCCAGUUUCCUUUCCAUUUGGCUACAACUGGAACUUUGCGCCAUGGCUGUUCUUCUUACCAAAGGAGAAAUAAGGUGUUACUGUGACGCGCCACACUGCGUGGCCACAGGAUACAUGUGCAAGUCAGAACUGAACGCCUGCUUCACCAAGGCGCUGGAUCCGCUCAUUUUAAACUCUCCCGUCACCCAUGGGUGUUUAGACCCCAUCGUCAAUGCGGCGGACGUCUGCAGCAGCAGCUCCAGGCGUGCGGAUGUGCUGAGCAGUGCCUUAACACUGGAGUGUUGCCACGACGACAUGUGCAACUACAAAGGCCUCCACGAUUUGGCGCACACCAGAGACGCAACAGAUCAUAGCCGGUACCAGCCAGACAGCAACAACAGGAACCUGGUGACCCGGGUCCAGGAGCUUGCCUCGGCCAAGGAGGUGUGGUUCCGGGCAGCGGUGAUUGCCGUCCCCAUUGCUGGUGGCCUCAUCCUGGUGCUGCUCAUCAUGCUGGCGCUGCGAAUGCUGCGUAGCGAGAACAAGCGGCUGCAGGACCAGCGGCAACAGAUGCUGUCGCGGCUACACUACAGCUUCCAUGGCCACCACACCAAGAAGGGCCAUGUGGCAAAGCUGGACCUGGAGUGCAUGGUGCCCGUCACGGGCCACGAGAACUGCUGUUCUGACCUGCGACAAGAUGCGGCAGGCCGACCUGGGCAACGAUAAGAUCCUGUCUCUGGUGCACUGGGGGAUGUACAGCGGCCACGGCAAGCUUGAGUUUGUAUGAUUUCUGCUGGGAACUAUGUGACUGUCCCCGCCCCACAAACAGCCAGGACGGCCUCUUACUCGUUGGCUUGUUGGCUUCUGCUUUUUUAUUUAAAAGACAUUCCAAUGUUUUUCGUCCAUUGGGCUGUUGGGUUUGUGUUUUUAGUUCAUUUUCAACCAGAGGCAAAAAAAUACGAGACUGGUCUCAUGCCGUGUGGUUUUUGCUAGAGCACUUUACUUGAAAAUGAAAGGCGAAGCAAAGAGGAGCUGUAUUUAAACUUGAGAGGGCAGGACUGAGGUGGAGUGAGAGCUCUGUGACUGCUCCUAAAGGAUCCUGGACUUUCACACUGAGUGCUGAAGGAUUCCAAAUCUGUCUUAUUUGCACAUUUGUAAAAAAACAAAAAUGUUGUCAUUGCUUAUAACAAGAAUUUUACACUGACACCUUAUUUGAGGAGUAAAAAAA